CACUUGACCUAUUUCUGUAGCUUAAAAUCCUCACUUUCACUGCUCUUCAUCUUCCAUCCUCCAUUAACGCCUAGCCAUGGCUGCUUCAUCUCUUUUCUUACUGGUUCCUCUAUUCGCACUGCUUUUCCUGGGUCAUCCUUCAUCUUCUACCUCCAGAUCACGUGCUUUGAUCACCAAUACUGAUUCCAUCAGACCCAUUAGGCUCAAUCUCCACCACGUCGAUUCUGCCCAAAACCUCUCAAAACUCGAGCGUCUUCAACAUGGGAUCAAACGUGGCCAGGCCAGGUUACAGAGAUUCAAUUCUAUUGUUCUCGCAGCUUCAUCUUCAGCCUCACAAAGUUCUGAUCAAUUGGAAGCUCCUGUUUAUGCCGGACGAGGGGCUUACCUCGUAAGUCUUUCUAUAGGAACCCCACCAAAAUCUUAUUCUGCUGUUUUAGACACUGGAAGUGAUCUAAUCUGGACUCAGUGUAAGCCUUGUUCUAAGUGUUACAAUCAACCCAGUCCCAUCUUCGAUCCCAAAGAGUCAUCUUCUUUCUCUGCACUCUCUUGUUCAAGCGACCUCUGCUCUGCAUUACCUUCAUCUUCCUGUGACAAAAAUACCUGCAAUUAUCUGUAUUCCUAUGGCGACAAUUCAUUCACCCAGGGUAUUCUAGCCACUGAGACUUUCACCUUCGGAGAGAACAAAAAGGAUCAAACUGCGGUUAAGAACAUCGGGUUUGGUUGUGGAGAAGAUAAUGAAGGAGACGGGCUUGAUCAGGCUUCAGGCCUGGUGGGUCUGGGUCGUGGGCCUUUGUCUCUGAUUUCUCAGCUACACGAACCGAAAUUCUCCUACUGCUUAACCUCCAUGGACGAUUCUGCAGCAAGUACUCUGUUUCUGGGAUCGUUUCCUAGUUCAAAAGAACCAGUCACUACGUCUCUUCUCACAAACCCAACACUUCCAUCUUUCUAUUACCUUCCUCUUGAAGGAAUCUCUGUGGGAGAAACUCGAUUGGGCAUUGAUAAAUCCAUAUUUGAUAUAAAAAAAGAUGCAAGUGGAGGAGUAAUCAUAGAUUCUGGCACGACCAUUACAUAUUUAGAAAAGGAAGCUUAUGAAGCAUUAAAGAAAGAGUUCAUAUCUCAAACCAAUCUACCAGUGGACACUUCAGGUUCAACUGGGCUUGAUCUUUGCUUCUCUCUGCCUUCAGAUUCAUCACAGGUUAAGAUUCCCCGAAAGUUGGUUUUCCAUUUCAAAGAUGCAGAUUUGGAGCUUCCUACUCAGAACUACAUGGUGGCCGAUUCAAGUUCCAGUGUGGCUUGCUUAGCCAUGGGAGCUUCAAGUGGCUUAUCUAUAUUUGGGAACCUUCAACAGCAAAACGUACUGGUGAAUUAUGAUGUUCUGAAGGAAACCAUUUCCUUCCUUCCUACACAGUGUGAUUCAAUGUGAAGAGUUUGAUUCCGUGCUUUAACUUGUAUUUUAAUUUGUUUUGUCCUUUGUUUUAUGGUUUUUUUAACUUGUGUUAUUCCAUGAUAUGAGUUUUAUUACUGUAUUCAUCUAUUGGAGUAGCAGAGCAGAGGAUGUUGUUGAAGCUUUGAUCUUGGACUCAAUAUUGUUAUUCGUCGUAUGUGUGAAUAAAAAUGCUCUGUUUUUUAA